AAAGAUGUCAACAUCUCGGCCAUCCUCGACUCCCUUCAGACAGGGUAUGACAAGAGAAUAAGACCCAAUUAUGGAGGGUCGCACGUGGACGUCGGUAUAACGAUGCAUAUUCUCAGUAUUAGCUCGCUCUCUGAAGUUCAAAUGGACUUUACUCUCGACUUUUAUUUUCGUCAACACUGGACCGACCCUCGCUUGUCCUUCCCCGACCGCGGGGGUCUGGACGAACUCACGGUGGGGUCGGAGUAUCUGCAGAAAAUUUGGGUUCCAGACACCUUUUUUGCCAAUGAGAAGAAGUCCUAUUUUCACAUGGCAACCACCUCUAAUGAGAUGCUCAGAAUCACCAGCCAGGGCAAUGUGUUGCGGAGCAUCAGACUGACCAUCACUGCCUCCUGCCCCAUGAACCUGCAGUAUUUCCCGAUGGACCGACAACUCUGCAUCAUCGAAAUUGAAAGCUUCGGCUACAGCAUGGACCACAUUCGACUCUCAUGGCAUGCUGGAGACCGGUCGGUUGUGAUUGAAAGCGAUGUGUCCCUGCCUCAGUUCCGUGUUCUUGGUUACAACAGGAAGACGAUCAUUUCCUCGACAUCUACGGGAAACUACUCUCGGCUGCUGUGUGAGAUCAUGUUCGUUCGUUCCAUGGGUUACUACUUGAUUCAGAUCUACAUUCCUUCAUCACUCAUUGUCGUCAUCUCAUGGGUUUCCUUCUGGCUCAACCGAUCCGCUACCCCCGCCCGUGUUUCCCUGGGUGUGACUACUGUGCUGACUAUGACAACGCUAAUGUCCUCUACCAACGCCGCUUUGCCCAAGAUUUCCUACGUCAAGUCCAUCGAUGUUUACCUCGGCACCUGUUUCGUGAUGGUUUUCGCCUCACUUCUUGAGUACGCCGCAGUGGGUUACAUGGGGAAGAGGAUCCAGAUGCGCAAAAACCGAAUUCUAGCCAUCCAGAAGCUGGCAGAGCAACGUAAAACCGCUGCCCACGAUCACUCACACACGUCGCAGGACCACACUGAACACCCCCCGAAGCAGACAGUGAGUACAACGACAAGAACCCCACACCGAGGACAUGGGGGGGAGGUCCGGUAUAAGCUUCACGAUCCGAAGACCCACUCCAAAGGUGGCACCCUUGAGAACACCAUCAACGGGAGGGCAGACGAGGAAGCCCCACCUCCCAUUGCUAACUUGUUGCCACAUAAGGACAUCAACAAGAUCACAACUAAUUUCGCGCUGAGACAACAUGGACUCAACAAGUUGUACGGUUGCUCACCAUCUGACAUCGAUAAAUACUCCAGGAUCGUCUUUCCGGUCUGUUUUGUCUGUUUUAAUCUGAUGUACUGGAUAAUUUACCUUCACAUCUCCGACGACUCUGACGAAGAUCUCAUUCUUCACAACGCUGAGGGUUAAAAACCGAGGAUUUAGAAAUAACAUCGUACAAAGAUUGACUUUUCAUUCUUCUUUGGUUCGGUCAAUGUGUUUGAUUCUGAGUUGGCCAGCGUUGAAGUUGAUUUUCUUUGGUCAUUUCGUUGUUGUAUUGAACGUUUGUAAUAUGAGGAUUUUUCAUCUUACUUUUUUGGGGGGAUAAUGAUGUUGCGUUGAUUAUACAUGGUUAAGGAUUUGGUUCAGAUCUACUCACAAUUUUUAUGUCUGCGAGACCGUCUCAGGUUAAUGAAAUUCUCACGUAACUGUAUAAUAUUAAUGCAAUGAUAAUCAUACCUUAGCAGUCCUGCACAUUAUCACUUUAUCAUUAUAGCUAAAAAGGAGAGAUACAAUGUGGUUGAGAGAUGAUAAGAAGCAAAGGGAAAGCAAAAAGAAGAAAAAAAAACAAUAAGAGGACUCCAAAUCCUAAAAUAGACUAAAAAAGAUAUGCAAAGCCCCUCCCCACCGACCUUCCCCACCAUUAUCCUCUUAACACUCUAGAGCCUUCGCCUUUCCAUAGAUCCCUGAAGCCCCUGAGAAUAACACCCUCAACAACCUUGCCUCACCCUAUAACUCCCCCUCCCUCCUUCUCCCCCUCCCCCGCACAAAAAAUAACAAAAAACAAAAAAUAAAAAAGCAUUCCGCCUCUCAACCUAGUACCUUGAGUUCACUUGGAGAGAGUAACAUCUCCCGUUGCCACGCUUACUUCUGCUUCCUUCCACAUCUGAGAAAUCAAGGUCCAAGGUUCAGAUCAAGGUGGAGUGAUCUUCAAGGGUUUUUAUAAAAGACCGACGCUCGGAGGGCAUCUUCAGAGAUAGAGACCAAAAGGUUGAGUAAUCCGUGAGAUUCAAGAUCGAAGGUGGAGUGAUAGAGAUAGGUAGUCGAACUCCAGGCAACCUCAAGAGUGGUCAGAAAACAAUCAGAGUGACGUGGAGAGAAUCGGAGGGAAUAAAAAUAUAAUAAUCAGCCCACUCGAAGUAACCUUGUACUUUAUUAUGAGUUAUACAUAUAUAUAUAUAUAUAAUCAAGUUGUAGCGACCUUUUUCAGGGUUUAGAUGAAUUAUAUAAAAAACACAGGGGUUUCUCAUCUCACCACUUAGAGACCUUCGAAAAAGAUAUCUCCUCGCUUCAAACUCAGCGACUCGGAGGUCUUAUAAAACCCUAUGCUAUGAAAAAAUGUAUAUCUCUCUGCGGGAAUCCCACAAUGCAAAAAUACAUAUAUACAUAUAUAUAUAUAUACAUUGCAGGGACCGAGCAUUGCCGAUAAGGUCCUUUUUUUAUCAUGAACCCGGGAUAUAGCAGAUCAGACAAUUCCUACUAGUUUAUAUGGAUGAUCAACAUAGUUUAUAUAAAUUCUCUGGUUAUCAUAACAUACUUCUGAUUUACAAGAACUAGGCUAAAUGCUUUCCUCUACACAUCAUUAAAGCUUUUCUGUACAAACGCUAAAUGCUCACCUCAUGGAGAUUAAGACUGCGUCCUUCAUCCCAUUGGCCUCGGGGGCCGUGCGGCGCUAUGACGUCACAGCGGCAGGACGAUGUCAAAGCAAUGAUGUGACUUCACGGUAUUGUUGUGACGUUACGGUGGUAGGAUGACGUCAGGGCAAUGAUGUAACGUCAGAGUAUUGCUUGUGACGUCAUGGCAUGAUGACUUACGUACGUAAAGAAUGGUUGUAGUCCCAGAGCCCGUCACAGCACCAUUGUGACGCGACAGUGGUAGGGUUGAUGCCACAGUCGUGAAGUGACGCGGCUCUCCGUAACAGUUGUGACGCGGCCGCACGACACAGCCCGAGACCAGACCGGAAGAAGAGCGCAGCCUUGAUGUUUUACGCCACACACGUGUGAAAUGUCUUUCAUGAGUAUUCCUCACGCAUGGUGACGUGUGCGACGCGGCUUCGACCUGUGGGUCGGAGUCGCUGUGUGUCUGAGUACGUGUAGCCAUUCAUAUGUAUUCCCACGGUGGUUUUCUGUUGUAGGCCCAAAGAGAAUUCUUUGUAAAUUCUCUUUGAUGUGAUAAGUAGAUUUCUGAGUUUCAGUGAAAAAAGAUGUCAGGAUAUUAAAUGUAUGAAGUUAUUAAUAUCAGUAAUGAAUAUAUUCAUUCAUUACAAGAGAGCUGCUAAUACUGAGAAUAUGUAUAAUAUAUAUAAAUAUAAAUAUAUGACUUUUGUACGAUUUCAUGAAGUCAUUGCUAACAGUACCGACGUCUAGGAGAAGAAGUAGGGGUGACGACCUCUGCCGUAUGAAGUGCUUCUUGUGAUAUAAUAACUAAGGCCGGAAUGGACCUCUAGUGUUGUGUGGCCCCCCCGGCGCGGCACACCAUGUGGACUGCAUCACCGCAGCUUGGCUUACCCCGUGCAAGCAUAUCCAUGGCCAAGGUGGACUGAAGCCCUCGACUGGUAAACCGAGGCCCGUCUUGUGAUAUAAGUUUACUCUGCCUGAGGACACUGAGUGUACAGAGUUGUCAAGUGUCGUGGGAGAACCUGUGCCUCACGGCGGCGACGCCCAGCUGGAGCCAAACAUCAUGUGGGCCUCCCUCGGCGCAUGCGCACACGCCAAGUUUACGCUGAAAAGCAUGUCGCCCUAGGUUAUAACCACGUUGUGUAUAAUCACCCUUUCUGGUGCUCUUGGUAUUGCUAAUGAAUCCCUCACACCUGGAGUACUGUUCGUUCCGCCUUACUUGAAUUUUGUACAAUCUGUGAGACAGUAGCAGAGACCGGCCGCAACAAGCCUCGACACCAGCGUCACGUGGGUGAUCAUCCACAACGUAAACAGUUUGUGUGUAAGAAGCCUCAUGCCUAUAUGUUCAUCGCUUUGUACCGCUUGAAGAUAUAUAGCAUAUGCUAAUGGUAAUAACUAGAGUACUUUGCGUUACUGGUCAAUAAGUAACUCAAUAACUUGGCGCGGAAAGUUCGGGAUAUACGCGGUCACUUUUUCUCUACAUGUAACUUCGCUGCCUGACGCUGACUCGACGCAAACUAGGCCAUCAGGAUAUACUUCUGUCGCUGCUUAUGCUGGCAGGUAUGCUUUUCCGUUUUACAUUUUGUGAUCAAAAACAUUAAAAUGUAAACCUAUCUUGUUUAGACAUUUUUGUAAGGAUUCCCAUGGAUUAAACAUAGAUAUAAAAGUGUGUAUAUGUACAUAUGAAAAAUUUUACAGUUGUUACAUAAAUACAGUUGCUCACCCAAAGAUAGGUCAAUAGAAUCCAAUUGGUGUGAUCAAGGCUGAAGCAGAUUUUCAGCAGAUUCAGGAAUUUUCCAAGAAUUUAUUUUUAUCAAAUAAGCCUAAUUUGUACUAGAUAUCAGUGUCAGCGCUCCUGAAAUGUACAUAGCUUAUAGAGUAACAGAUAAGGGUAGAAUUUAUUUACUGCAUGGUUCUAUUAUGUUUUCGUGUUCAUGUCUAGCAAUAUCUUGUUAGACUAUAAAUGUUCAUUAAUACAAAAAAUGUUUGAGUAUGGAAGCUGAAAUAACCUUUAUUCCAUGAAGUCUGUGAGGGACUUUAAACUCAUAGCAUUUUGUGCAUUCGGUUUCGUUGACUUCUUUGUGGUCAAAAGUUCUUGAUUUUCUUCACCUCUGUCAACCAUCUGUGGCCCCUUCGAUCACAGCCUCACUUGCUGUCUCAACUGUCCCCUUCUCCCUUCCCUUACGAGUAAUGUUUGUUUUAUCGCUAGCAUGAUUUCUCGUUUCUUUUCUCGUUUAUCCUCCUAUUCUUCGACCUCAUUCUAUGCUUCAUUCACGUCCUUUACGCUUUGUUCGUUGUGUCAUCUACUAUCUUAUUUUCGUUAUUCUCUUUUAUCCGAAUUUGUCAUUGCGAUAGUCCCGUUAGACCUUUCAAAAUUUCCUUCGUCUCCAUUUCACUCAUGGCUGUUUUUUUUUUUCUUUCUUUCUUUCUUCUUUAUUUCCUAUUUUUGGCUACUUAUCUGCCUUGUUCCUUUCUUACCUCCUUCUCCCCUCCUUUUUCUCCUUCUCCAUUUCCUCCAUUCACUCAUCCUCCCUCCCUCGCCGUCUCCUUCUUGCGCUUGGGUGUUCCGUUUCCUUAAAGUGGUAUGAAGUAGGAGAUUAAGUUCUAGUCAAAUCAUCAACGUUAACCACUCAUCUCUCACCAUGAAUGCCCGUGCACUUUACCGGUUUCAUGAAUAGGGUUUUGAAUAAUCGAUAUUUAUUAUUAAACAGACCUGCAAUCAUGAUCUGAGUGUUUACAUAGAUUUUAUGGACGUUAUGAAUAGAAAGGUGAACUAUUUAGAUAAAACGCGAUUGUUUUAACACAGGACCUUCCUAUGUUUCUCUGUUGGUAGAUGUUGGAUGCCGUAGUCUGUGGAAAUGCGGAGCAAAAAUCCCUACAUUCUUGUAUAAUUCAGUACGAGAUAAAUAUAUAUAUAUGUUUCUAGGCAAGUGGUCGGGAUUUAUAUACAUACAUAUAUAUAUAAAUAUCAGGACAUGGGAUAAUGCUAUUUUUAUUUAGAUCGUAUGACGGGAUCACCGCACGCAAUUUCACUGGUAUCAAUAAUUCAACUCAUGUUUCCGAAUAGUAGAUUUAUUACUCGCGGUAAAGUUAGAAUGUGUUAACAUGGCGAUAAUUUCCCCCAGCGUGAGGAAGUAGCAAUCUAUGUUUACGGGAAGAUCUGGCUGGAAGUCCGCCUGAUCUUUUCAGCGUUUAUAUAAUGUAGCUUAUUUGGACGUGUUUCAUAUUGUUUCGAUAUAUUCUCGGUUUUACGGGACGGUGUUAACGGUCUUGUGUUUUGAGCCUCCCUCUGAAUGACCGAAGAUAUAUAAAUGUAUGGAUAUAUAAACUUAUACAUAUAUACAUACAUGCAUGUAUAUAUAUGUAUAUAUAUGUAUGUA